GGCAAAUUUAUAUGGGAGCGUCCAGGCCGAGAUAUGAAUCGAUCGAUGGACUCAUCCAUCAGACACGUGUGUUCCUCGGUUCUCUGGCAAGUACCGAUAUCGAUGCAGCAAUGCAUUGCAGGCACAUAAGAGAGAGGUCCGACCUAGCAAAAAUGGCUGUACAUUACCCGCUCACUGCUCUGCUCUGCACACACUACCGCCCCUCACUCACUCACCCCCCUCACCCUCCCUCCUCCUAUCGUCCCCCCCACCCCGUCGCGCGUCGCGCCGGCGUGGUGGGCGCCGACUCCACGCCGAUGGCCGUGGGGACAGCCAGCCGUGCGGGCACGGGCACACUCGGCCGCCGGCCACUGGGGCUGAUGGCACCUUGGGCAGUGAGCGAGCGGUCGAACACCGUGGGGGCGUGGUGCGCCGGGGCGGGGAACGCCACACACGGCAUAUCGUGACGCUGCAUGACAGCAGGAAGGUGAGAAACCUGGAAGUGUUGACGGCCGUUGUUGCUUACGUCGUCAACUUCGCGAAUACAGCCCUUGGGAAGAUGCGCUGACAAAACACCACAUCCAUACAGACAAGAAGGGAGAGCCGCCCAAGUGAAUAUCAUGCCGUCGGGGAUACACAUGCAUGUGUUGCGCACCAGGGUCCACCGUGAGUAGGGGGUGGUCUGCCGCAGAAUCGUCACUAUCUUCGUCGCCUGCAGCGGUCCUCUGGUCGUGCAUGAGGCCCUCCUUGCGCUCGUCAUACUCGGGCGGCUCCUUGAACGACGAGAACAGCCGAGCCACCAUCCACCAAACCACUGACAUACACACAGAAGACAGGUAACACCACACACACAGAAGGCGUCAUUGUGGUCUGUGGUGCCAUGGCUGGACUCACCGGCGAAUACGAUUUGCAGCAGGACGAUACCCACAACAAUGAGCAUGGCCCUGAUGAAUGAAAGGACAGCCAGAUACAUGUAGCCAUCGCAUCCAUCCAUCCAUCCCAUCCAUCCAUCCAUCCAUGCCAUCGUCUGUCUGGGGCGCACGCACCAUCCGAGUUUUCCGCCGGGCAUCACCUCGCACUCCUUGCGGUGGAGGCAGUGGCCAUUCUUGCAACACCUGUACACACAUGGCAUUGGCGUGGAUGCACACCCUCUUUUCCAUCCCCUGAGAUGCGCUAUGCACAUACCCGGAGUGGCAAUAGAAGUUCUUGCAUUUAUCGUCCAGCUGUGCCGCACUGCAGCCGGAUGCGAUGCACAGCAGCACCACCAACGCAACCGCCCGUGCGCCGGUCAUUUUUCC